AUGAAGUUGCCGUCAUCUCUGGGACAGCGAAAGAUUCGGAUUAUUGAGAACUUCCUAUCACACUAUCAAAUGGAUCCCAGUCCUCCGGCUACAGCCCAAAUCGUCGAUGCCUAUAACAAGCUUCGCAGCAAUGUCCUCCUUCUCUACGAGCUGCGUGGUGCUAUGCUGCAGUGUGACUACGAACUCCAGGCUGCUCGUUCUCGCAUGGAGCUCUUUGCCCCAGACAAAUCUUCUCAUCGGUUUUUUUUACUUGGAGCUUCCGGCACCUGGUAA